AUGAGCCGAGCCACAACUAUGAACGCCCAAAACGACACCAGAAUCUUCACCAAUGGCCGUAUUUUCAGUGAUGGCAAGAUCGCUGCUGAUGCUCAAUGGCUGUCGAGCAUGGUUGUACGCGAUGGCAAGAUUGCGUUCAUUGGACCUAAUGAUGCGCCAGAGAUAGAAGCUCUGCGACGGCAGGAGUCAGAUAUCGAGAUCAAAGACCUACAAGGACGACACGUUCUUCCAAGCUUCAUCGAUGCACAUAUGCAUCUGCUGAUGCUAGGGCAGUCUCUCCAUAAGGUGAAUCUAGAUGGAUCGAAAGAUCUAGAAGAGAUUCGAUCAAGGAUCUCAAAGUAUGCCAAAGAGAACCCGCAUAAAGAGAGGAUUUUGUGCAUGGGAUGGAUGCACAGCAUGACCAACGGGGAAGCAAAGGCGAGCUUGCUUGAUGAUCUGGAUCCACGACCUAUUUAUAUCGACUCCAAAGACAUACACUCCGUCUGGUGUAACAGUGCCGCUUUGAAAGAGAUGGGCAUACAAGAGAUGGAGACCCCGGCUGGUGGAAUCAUAGAGCGGGAUGAGAACGGCGUUGCGUUGGGCUUGUUGUCUGAGGCGUGUGUGUUGCUGAUUGUAUGGCCGUAUCUGGCUGAAAUUUUACCAAUGGAGGAUAAGACUGCGGCGCUACAGGCGGCGAUUGAUGCAUACCAUGCCGUAGGAUGCACCAGCUGCAUUGACAUGGCGAUGGACGAGAAUGCGUGGGCAGCAGUUUUGGAGCUACAGAAAACCAAAGGUGGCUCUUUGCCACUUCGAAUUGCCGCUCACUGGUGCAUACUGCCUGGUGACAGUAAAGAAGAUCGCUUGCGGCAAGUUGAGCGUGCGAUUGAGCUAAACCGCCAGUUCAACAACGACACAAGUCCAGAUUUGAGAGUUGUGGGGAUCAAGAUCAUCUGCGACGGCGUCAUCGAUGCUUGUACAGCGGCUCUAGCGAAGCCAUACACGUCUAAUGGCCACUUCGAAGGUCCGAUUUGGACGCCAGAGAUGCUGGACCCUGUGGUAAAACGGGCAGCCGAUGCAGGUCUGCAAUGUGCUCUGCACGCCAUUGGUGACCAAGCCGUACACAACGCCGUCAACGUACUAGAGAAGCAUGGCAAGCCUGGACAACGACAUCGCAUCGAACAUCUGGAGCUCACAGCCCCAGAGGAUGCGAAGAGACUUGGAAAGCUAGGCAUCACAGCGAGCAUCCAACCCGUUCACUCGGAUCCGGCCAUUCUGCGUGCAUGGCCGAAGCUGCUUGGGCCGGAGCGCGUGAAGCGUGCAUUUGCGUACUCGGAGUUUGCGGACCAUGGUGCUGCGUUAGCGAUAGGUUCGGACUCGCCUACUGCACCCUACGCACCUCUACCCAACCUGUACGUUGCGACAACGCGCAAAUCGGCCAGGCAGCCUGACGCAGGUGAUGCGCCAGUGAACGGCAACUUUAGACUGGAGCUGGCGCAGGCUGUCAGUGCUGCCACCAGUGGUGCCGCAUAUUCUUGCUUCGCAGAGAAGAGGGUAGGGAGCUUGGAGCUGGGUAAGAUGGCAGAUUUCACAGUGAUUGACACAGAGUGGAAGCAGGAGGAGUUGCUCCAUGCGAAAGUGAAGGAAACAUGGUUUGGGGGGGAGGCAAGUGUACGAAAGCCGCACCGACGCCCCGGCCCCCCCAUGUCGAGGAAGGAGCAACGAGGCAAGCAGAUGUGGCAGUCACGACUGGUUAGGUCACUAAGAUAG